AUGUCUUGCACCAGUGGGAAGUGCGUCUGCGGCGGAUGCGGGGGGUAAUCCCAAGCUCUGCGCCAGAUCUUCGUCUGAGAUCGUACUGCUGCCGUUUUAUCGUCCUGUUCGAUCCCCGAAUCAUGCCUAUCGAGGCCGAUUUUGGCUUGCGUUUGCUCUGAUCUUCUGUCGUUCGGAGGACUAGCAUCUCCGACGAUCAUCGUCCGAGAUUUUUGAAGAUCGUCGCCGACAUUGUUUAUCGUACUCGUCGUCUCGGGGUUUGAGUUGCGUUGGUUUUUCAAUUUCUCUCACACUAGAAGGCUGAGGUCUCGACCAGUCUCCAGGAGGAGGAUUCCUCCAUCCUCUUGUCCAGGAGACAGCUCUCACUCGUUUAUCGGACGAUCUGUUUAAUGUUUUCCUCACCUAUAUCAUCAUCUUAGUUCUACAGCCAUUCUCAUCUCCGCGGUACAGUCUAUCCACAGAACAGAUCGAUUUCUUCAUCAUCUCAUGCUAUUUUUUCUUCUCUCACCGCAGAUCCAAGAUGUUCCCUGACCUGGACUCGGAAGAGAAGAUCGCCACCACCGGAACCAUGAUCAUGGGAGUUGCCUCCGCUAGGGGGUAGGCCUCCUUCCCUCUCUAGCCCAACAGUGCAUCGAAUAGCACGUUCUUCCCGCUCGCUGUAACCGCCCUCUGCCGUCGGCCGACGUGUCCUCUCCUCGCAGGUCAUUUGAGUCGUUUGCGAUGGUCGCCGCCGUCGCCGAGAACGACUGCAAAUGCGGUUCGAACUGCACCUGCAAGUGA